GUUGAGUGGGUGCUGGCAUUGGAAUAAGUACGAGGACAGUCUUGGGAGAGGGGUGAGGCUUUCUGGGCAGAAUUCUUGGGUGGCGCGGGCAUUUGCAAUGGAGGUUCAAAACAGGGGUCUUGGAAGGUGGAGCUGUCCAAAUAAUGGGAGUGAAGCGGUCUGUCUGGUGAACGGUGUUACACGGGGGAAAGGUAGGAGGUCUGGGCUCUUGGAGCAUGGGGACAGGGUGUGCCUGGGCAGAGUUCUUGGGGACAUGAGGGCUCAAAGGGAGAAUGGAGGCUCUAGGGCAGUAAUCUUGGGGCAUGGGUUCCUGGUUAGGCAUUUUAGGGAGUUGAGAUCCUCUUGGGCAGGGGUUUGGGAUGAUUUUUUCUGGGCAAGGGUCUUGAGAGGGUGGGGGUGCCCUUGGGCAGGGUCUUGGAGAGAGGCUAGGGGUUUAGAGAAGGAAUCUUAGGGGGAUGGCAUUCCUGAGGGUGGGUCAUGUUGGAGUCAAGGACAGCAGAGCACAAAGAAGAUGUCUCAGGGUAGGGACUUUAGACUGAUAGGGUAAUCCCUAGGUAGGGGCCUGAGGGCAUAAGGGAGAUCUACGGGAACAUCCAGGCUAGCCCUGGUUGGGAAUGAGCAAGGUAUGAGCAUAGCAGUCUCAGGGCCAAGUCAUGAAGGUGCAAGAAGAGGUGCUCUUUUCCUUAUUUAUUGAUAGGUGGAGUUGGGUGCUAGGUCCAGGUGUGAAGAUAAGAAGUGGGUUGCAAGUGGUUCCAGGCCAUGUGCUGCAUUGGGGCCAAGAUUUGGCUGAGGUUGGAGAUAUCACCGGGGCACCCCUUCCUCAUUGCUUCCUGAUGAGUCAGUGAAGGCCAGCGUGUAAGGAGGAGGAGAGCAAUCCUGGACCAUGACUCAGCAGCCACUUAGAGGAGUGACAAGCCUGCAUUUCAACCAAGACCAAAGCUGCUUUUGCUGUGCCAUGGAGACCGGUGUGCGCAUCUACAAUGUUGAGCCAUUGAUGGAGAAAGGGCACCUGGACCAUGAGCAGGUGGGCAGCAUGGGCCUGGUGGAGAUGCUGCAUCGCUCCAACCUUCUGGCCCUGGUGGGCGGUGGUAGCAGCCCCAAGUUCUCAGAGAUAUCAGCAGUGCUGAUCUGGGACGAUGCCCGGGAGGGCAAGGAUUCCAAGGACAAGCUGGUGCUGGAGUUCACCUUCACCAAGCCAGUGCUGGCUGUGCGCAUGCGUCAUGACAAGAUCGUGAUUGUGCUGAGGAACCGCAUCUACGUGUACUCCUUCCCCGACAAUCCCCGGAAGCUGUUUGAGUUUGAUACACGGGACAACCCCAAGGGGCUCUGUGACCUCUGCCCCAGCCUGGAAAAGCAAUUGCUAGUGUUCCCAGGGCACAAGUGCGGGAGUUUGCAACUUGUGGACCUGGCAAGCACAAAGCCUGGCACCUCCUCUGCUCCGUUCACCAUUAAUGCCCAUCAGAGUGAUGUAGCCUGCGUGUCCCUGAAUCAGCCAGGCACUGUAGUAGCCUCAGCCUCCCAGAAGGGUACCCUCAUUCGCCUCUUUGACACGCAAUCCAAGGAGAAAUUGGUGGAGCUGCGCCGAGGCACUGACCCUGCUACCCUCUACUGCAUUAACUUCAGCCACGACUCUUCAUUCCUCUGUGCUUCCAGUGAUAAGGGCACCGUCCAUAUCUUUGCUCUCAAGGAUACCCGCCUCAACCGCCGCUCCGCGCUGGCUCGCGUGGGCAAGGUGGGGCCUAUGAUUGGGCAGUACGUGGACUCUCAGUGGAGCCUGGCAAGCUUCACUGUGCCUGCUGAGUCAGCCUGCAUCUGCGCCUUUGGUCGCAACACUUCCAAGAACGUCAACUCUGUCAUUGCCAUCUGCGUAGAUGGGACCUUCCACAAAUAUGUCUUCACUCCUGAUGGAAACUGCAACAGAGAAGCUUUCGACGUAUACCUUGACAUCUGUGAUGAUGAUGACUUUUAAGGACCCUGGGAGCUGUGCUAGGGACCUGCAGUGGCAGAUAACAGAGCUUAGCCUUGAGAGUAGAGUGCUGUGGAAGCCACCAGCCAACAAGCAUUAACGGGGCCAGUGCCCACUUUUCACUCAGCAGAGCUAUGUCUAAAUAAACAGCUCACUUCCCCCAAGCACUUAUUAAUGACUGUGCCCGAAGGGCCAGGCCAGGAACCCCGAAGGAAAGUCCUAGUCCAACCUGGGGAUUUUUAAAAGCUUCCCAGGAAAAGAUGAUCUCUGAUGUGAUGAAUUGAAUAAAAGGCCCUGAAUGGCA